AAAAGAAAAACUGUGUCUUCUUCAAAUGGGACUGGAAAAAAAACAUAAGAAGAAGAAAAAACUCAAGUGUAGGUUUAGGCUUUAUGUUGAAUCUAGGGUUUUCAGUGACUCCUAGAAGAUCUAGGUCCACCACUACGUUGCUAUCAAUGAGGAAACAGUAGGCCUAAUCUUCAGUUCUAGAAUUCUGUUGCUACACAGACACACAAUUUCAUGGCCUAAGGCUUCAGGAUAAGAACUGGGAGUCUGUACCUUGAGUAUUCGCGCUAUGUUGCCAGAAAGCAAGACAAGACGUGGAUAAGCAAGUAAAGAGGAAAAAGAGAGAGGAAAAAGAGAUCAAUUACCUGGCUUUGUGCCCUUGUGCUCUGCUCUGCCCUGCCAAUUAAUGGUGUUGGGAUCAAGGUCCAGCUGCCGAGCAGUCAGGAGAUAUCACCAUGUGGAAGAGUUUUCUUCAGGAAUUUCAAGCACUGGAGUUCCCUUCAGCGAUUUUUGCACGGACACAGUGGAUGCUUGUAAAGUGUGAGAUCUAGAAGCUGAGCUGAAACAUUGCAUAUCUUUGAGGCAGAAAAAAUAGGCUGAUAGGCUCCAAUUCUAUCAUGAACUCCUUCCGUGGAUGAUGAGGCAAGGGCAAGAAACCACACGACCAAAGAUGACAAAUGGAUCAUCGGAUCUGUUCUCUAUACCUGACGAUGAAUUCACUGAGUUGGUAUGGGAGAAUGGACAAAUUUUGAUGCAGAACCAGUCCAAUAAAGGUAGGAAGAGCUCUUGUGUAAGUAGUGGCUUCUCCCCCCGGUAUGGUACGGUACAAGAAAAGGAGAGCAGGGAAAAAGUUGGUAGUGGGCAUCCACCUUCAAGGCAUUCUGCCAACAAUGGAGCGAAUGCUCAGGAUGAUGAUGUUGUGUCAUGGAUCAGUUAUCCGAUCGAGGAAAUUUUGCCAAGUGAGACUCUCCAGAAUGAUUAUUGCGCUGAGUUCUUGAAUGAGUUCUCGGCAUUUGAUGUGAAUCCUCUUUCAACGCACAGGAGUAAUGUUGCUGGAACCGGUCGAACAGCCGGGUUAGGGCAAGAAGUUAGAAGCUCAAACAAUGUGGAACAUGGCCAUGUUGCUAAACCGCCUAAUUGGAGUAGUUUGGGCUCAAGCAGAAUCAGGGCCAGCCAUCUACAGCAAUGUCCAGCGUCAGCUCUUAAUUCAAAGUUGACAGUAGUUGACAUCAGAAGUAGUGAUGAUAAUGUAGCUCAAGAACCACAAUGCCAGGAUGUGAUGGACAGAAAGUUUCAGAAUCAGGAACUAGCAAGUUGCAAGCAGAUGCAACAACAAGGCGGUAUGGGAACUCUGAUGAACUUCUCACAUUUCAUAAGACCUGCCGCACUUGCCAAGGUUGGCCUCCAUAAUGCUACUGGACUGCAAAGCAUUGAGAAAGCGUUAACUCCAAGCAGAAAUCCUGUCACCUUGACACUUGUUGAGAGAACUAGAGGUAGUAAGGAGGCUAAUAAGGUACCAGGGCAAUCAGGCUCAGGUCCACACAGGUUGGAAUUCGGAUCAACCAUGAAGACUCUUCAAGGCAGAAACUCUGUUGAAUUUUCCAAUAAAAUUAGCACGGGAGAUGCUCUGAGGAACAAUACUGAGAAGCACACUAAAUUGCUAGAUGAUCUUCCAAGUUCGAGCUUUGCAGCCAGUGUGGCCUUGUGUAGGCAUGACAUCAGAAAAGAUCCUGAAGCAGUAAUACCAUCUUCAUCUGUGUGUUCAGAGAAUAUCACUGGAGCUGCAUCUAAUGAACCAAACCAUGGCAAGAAGAGAAAAGAAUAUGAUGCAGAAGAUUCUGAUUACCUCAGCCACAGCGAAGAUCUCCAAGAUGAGUCCAUCAAUAUAAGAAAACCGCCAAGUGGACGUGAUGCAAGAACAAAGAGAAGUCGGACUGCAGAAGUUCAUAACUUGUCAGAAAGACGGAGAAGGAACAGGAUUAAUGAGAAAAUGCGUGCACUGCAAGAGCUUAUCCCCAACUGUAACAAGGUGGACAAAGCUUCAAUGCUUGAAGAGGCCAUUGAGUAUCUUAAAACACUUCAGAUGCAAGUUCAGCAAUUCUGUCAUACAAAACAGAUCAUGUCCAUGGGAAGCAGGCUGUACCUGCCACCCCCUAUGAUGUUUCCACCAGCAAUGCAGCACAUGCGUGGACCAAUGGCCGCUCAUUUCCCUCCAAUAGGUGUUGGAAUGGGGUCAGGCAUGGGAUUAGCCCCAGGUUGUCCCAUGAUUCCAAUUUCACCUAUGCAUGCAUCACAAUUUCUUUGCACUUCAAGUUCAGGGAUACCUGGCUUGAAUGGAGUACCAGGACCUGUAAAUCCUUCGAUAUUUGGAAUACAAGGUCAGGGAUUUCCAGUUUUGAUGCCCAGACCACAGCAGUUCGGUACAUUGGCAGGGUUUUCUUUGAAUACAAAUGCCGAGCCUGAGGUACAUACAGACAAUGCUGUUGGAGUUGCUAGUGACCAGCAAAAGCAGAAGAACUUGAAUGUAGAACCAAGCACAAGUACAGAUGAAACACAUAUGCAGCGACAAAACACCACAUGUCUAUGUAAGUAGAUAGAUGGAGUAUUCAGAUUAUGGUAGAAGAAGUGGUUAACAGGUUCCAGUCAUUAAUCAUUAACAAUGGACACUACUUGUGAAUCUCACAUGGGCACCCAUGGAAAAGAUGGUGCAUAAAAUUUGCCAGACCUAGUUCUCGAACAAGGUUUGGCAUUGCAGCUCUGGCAAAUGUAGCUUGCUUGCUAGUGAAGCAUCACCUAUAAUUAUGAACCCAACCAAACAAGUUUUCUUCUUUUUGGGGGGUUGAUUUGUUAUGUAAUUGUCUAAGAGAUGUGUUAUCAUUGCUGCCAUCUAGUUUUCUUCCCUAGCAAUACAUCCUCGCUUAUUUUUUGUUGUUGUAUGCUUGUUUUUGUGGGUAAUAGAUGAACUUGUUAGUUUAUAUGCCAAAUGGAUAAUGUGAUGAA